AUGCAGCGACUCAACGACACCAAAUACGGCAUCAUGGUUAAUCACAUAUGGUCUCAGCAGUCACAAUUGCUAUGGUACGCUGGGGGUGAGGAUGAGGGUGUCGUGAUCAAGUCUGGGAGGGACCAAUUCGUGUGUUGCCCUCCAGACUUGGAAAGGCCUGGUGGAUUCUUCGAAGCUAUCAAAGCUCUGAAUGUCAAGAGCGCCAUGACGGUCAACACACGCGUCAUCAGCAUCCUGCUUGCGAACAAUGAUGGAGUUUCGAUCCCUAUUCGGGACGAUCUGCGUAUACAGGUUCUUCCUGAUAUCUCAUACCUCAGUCGUUGCGCGAAACAUCAGUUUGCCGCCUUCAUAGCUGAUAGGGGAAUACUGGUAGUUUGGGACGACAAGCCAGAGAACCUCGUUCGCCGCGUCGACAUAAUCGAAAAGGGUCUUAUGGCUAUGAUCUGGUCUUUCGACGGUGAAGAGGAUUACCCAGAGAAGGAGAAAAGCAGUGGAGUGUCGAUUCACGAAGUCGAUACCAUUGCAAGCGAAGAGGGCUCCACUGAGAAGCCCCGCCGUCUCGUGCUCCUUCACUCAAUCACAACUGGCCUUACGCUCUGCCUGAUGAUCGUUACACUCGGCGCUGGUAUCCGGAAACUCGUUGUGGAAAUCCAAUGGGAUCAUUCUUAUACUCGGUUGGCAUUGCUGGCGACUCUCCCACCCAUCAUGUGGGUUGCUUUUUUCUUUCUCCAGGCCCUUAUAGGAAACCUUUUCCAGAUCUUCGGACCAAUCAGCCAGGUGCAGAACAACACCAAAUAUUACUCUGGACUACCACCAAAGAGGCUUCCAGCUGGCUCAUCUUUGCCACACGUCACAAUCCAAUGCCCCGUCUAUAAGGAGGGUCUGGACACAGUCAUCGCCCCAACAGUGUAUUCAAUUAAGGCAGCAAUUUCUACGUAUGAGAUGCAAGGUGGGACAGCGAAUAUUUUCAUCAACGAUGAUGGAAUGCAAUUGUUGUCAACUGAAGAGGCAAGAGCUCGUCAGGACUUCUACGAAGAACACAGUAUCGGCUGGGUAGCACGCCCCCGGCAUGAUCCAAAAGGAGAGCACGGUCCUGAGCCGUUUGUCCGUCGAGGCAAAUUCAAGAAAGCUUCGAACAUGAACUAUGCCCUCUCGGUCAGCAAUCGCAUCGAAGAAAAGAUGGCCAGCCCAGACCCCAGACCUAGAUAUUGGACUCAGGAGGACGAAGCCGCUGCUUACGUUAAAGCGCUGGAGGAAGUCAUCGAAGAAGACGACAAUAGAACCUGGGCUGACGGCAACGUUCGAAUGGGCGACUUUAUACUUCUCAUCGAUUCAGACACACGAGUACCAGUCGAUUGCUUGCUUGACGCUGUCAGCGAGAUGACGGCCUCGCCACAGGUUGCGAUCAUACAGUACUCGUCCGGCGUUAUGAAUGUGACGAAAAGCUUUUUUGAGAGCGGCAUCACGUUCUUUACGAAUAUGGUCUAUACUCAGAUCAAGUACGCGAUUGCAAACGGUGAUGUCGCACCAUUCGUUGGACACAAUGCUAUUCUCCGCUGGUCCGCAGUACAGAGUAUCGCAUAUGAUUGCCCAGACGAUCACAAGGAGAAGUUCUGGUCCGAAGCAACUGUAUCAGAGGACUUUGACAUGGCUCUCCGGCUACAGACUGCUGGAUAUAUUGUGCGCUUCGCCUCUUAUGCUGGAGACGGCUUUAAAGAGGGUGUUUCGCUCACCGUUUACGAUGAACUGGCUCGCUGGGAAAAGUAUGCCUAUGGCUGCAGUGAGCUGGUCUUCAACCCACUACGAUACUGGUUCACACGAGGACCAUUCACUAAGCUGUUCCGCUCGUUCAUUAUGUCGGGAAUGCCGUUCCCAUCAAAGCUUACUAUUCUGUCAUACAUCGGAACAUACUACGCUAUUGGAUCUGCAUGGCUCCUUACCUUACUGAACUACUUUAUCGUUGGUUGGUACAACACCGUCCUUGAUAAGUACUACCUCGACUCUUUCAAGGUCUAUCUGUCCAUCAUUGUGGUGUUCACAGGCCUGGGAAACCUCGCGCUCGCGAUCCUUCGUUAUCGUACUGGGGAGAAAUCUUUACUCAGCUCGCUGGUCACCAACAUCAUGUGGAUUCCUCUCAUGACUGUCUUCCUUGGCGGAAUAUCCCUCCACGUAUCACAAGCACUUCUAUCGCAUCUUGUCAGUAUUGACAUGAACUGGGGCGCCACAUCCAAAGAAGUGGAAAACACGACAUUCUUCAAAGAGGUGCCGAAGGUGAUGAAGAAUUUCAAAUUCACGUUCUUGUUCUGUAUCGGCACCGCGAUUGGCAUGGUAAUGCUUGCAACGGUGGUCCCUGUCUUCUGGAGGAUUGAUCAAUUCUUUGCUAUUUUCCCACUAGCGAACAUUAUUGUCAGUCACUUUUUGCUGCCCAUCGCUCUUAAUCCCAGCCUUAUGCUUUUCACCUGGUAG